AUGGGGCAGAAGUCCAUAAUUAAGCUAGUCACCGGGGUCAUUUUUGGACCAUAUUUUGCUGAAUAUGUCUCCCACCUCGUACGAUUUCUCAAAGGAAAAAAAAGCCUCGUUUUUGGGAUUGCUUUGGGGAUAUAUUUAGGUGUAUAUGUCUGCCCCCUCAUUGAGUUUCUCAAUGAAAAAGAGAGAGCGCUCGCCCUCGUCCUCGGGAUUGCUUUGGGAGUAUAUUUUGGUCGAUGUGUCUCCCCCCUCAUUGAGUUUUUCAAAGAAAAGAAAAGGAUGCAAAUUGCUGGCCAUGGCGAAAGCAGCCGCAGUAGUAAUAUCAAAGCUGGCACUUGGGUUCUGGAUUCCGGCGCUCAAUGCCAUGUGACGGGUGACCCACGGCUCUUUUCUUCUCUCAACAUGGCUAAAAAAGGAAGCUGGAUUUACGGAGUCAGUGGGCAGCAGCUGCCAAUACGGGGCUUCGGAGCGGUGCAGUUUCCCUACUUCACACUCGAAGAAGUCUACUACGUUGAGGGCUUAGGCAGGAAUUUGAUCUGUCUAUCCAAGUUCCAGGUUACAUUCGGUUACAAAAUUACAUUUGGAAAAGCCACGUACAUCGAAGAGGAGGCUACGGGCAGGCGUAUCUGUGAACUUCGGAAUGUCGAUGGGCUAUACGAGAUGGACUCCGUGCCAGUAGCGCUUGACCAGCCUCCAGCAGCAGAGGGACGUGCCUGAGAUGCCCCUCUACUGUUCUAGUCCGGUCAAGUCCGAAGCUAUUCGUUUGUUCAUGCUAAGACAUGAAUAGCUUCAUUUGUUCAUAUUAAGGCCGUGAAUAAAUGUUCCUCUAAAACUUAUCUCUGCAAGUCCAGCAUAAUAUGCGUGG